GAUGCGCAUAACCAUUCCAACUGAGCUCUUGGAUUAAUUUGUUUAGCAACCAUUUUUUCUUUGACAUUAUUUUACUUCUAAAUUGCUCUUGGGUUAUCAGCAAUGGAGUUCCUUGAUGAGUUCAACUUCUCUCUCGGGUACAUUAAUGCAACAUCAGCUUUGGAUAGUCCUUCUCACUGCAGCACCAUCCUGUUGUUCAUCUUUGGUGUCAUCUUCCUGGUUGGCAUCCUUGGCAACAGCAUCGUCAUCUACACUAUAAUGAAGAAAACUAAAUGCCGCGCCAAGCAAACCGUCCCGGACGUCUUCAUCCUCAACUUGUCAAUUGUCGACAUGCUCUUCCUGCUCGGGAUGCCCUUCUUGAUCCAUCAGUUGCUCGGCAAUGGCACAUGGCGCUUCGGCGCCACCAUGUGCACGGUCAUCACGGCGCUGGACUCCAACAGUCAGAUAGUGAGCACGUACAUCCUCACGGCCAUGACGCUCGACCGCUACGUCGCUACGGUGCAUCCCAUCCGCUUCAACUACAUCCGCACGCCGUGCGUGGCCUCAUUCGUCAUUGCUGUGGUCUGGGCUCUCUCCCUGAUCACCAUCAUCCCCGUGUGGAUGUACGCCGACCUCAUGCCCCUGCCGGGUGGACUAGUAGCCUGCGCUUUGCUCUUGCCUGACCCCGUCACCAACAUGUACUGGUUCACACUCUACCAGUUCUUCCUGGCCUUUGCCAUCCCUCUUGCCAUCAUCUGUAGGGUGUUCUUCAAGAUACUGCAGCACAUGUCUAGCAGUGUGGCCCCGCUCCCCCAGCGGAGCCUGAGGGUACGCGUCAGGAAUGUGACAAGAAUGGCGGUGGCCAUUUGCUUGGCCUUUUUUAUCUGCUGGGCACCCUACUACAUCCUGCAGCUGGUCCACCUGGGUAUACAGAACCCUAGCAUUGCCUUCUCCUAUGCCUACAACAUUGCCAUCAGCAUGGGCUACGCCAACAGCUGCAUCAACCCCCUUCUUUACAUCAUCCUGAGCGAGACCUUCAAGAAGCAUUUCCUCAGGGCCGUGCAGCCGACCAACAGGAAGUUUAACGUCAACUCCAGCACCACGGAGGCUGGCAGUCUGAGCAUGAGGAUUGUACCCGAAGGGCCUCAAAUGGCACCGGUGGCAAGGGAGAUACCAUCUAGUGUCGCCCCACAGUGAAGCAACUUUUCUGCUCCUCUGCUUUUCUUACUGAGCCAGCAUAUAGUUUUAAUUAAAGGGAAAGAUCAUUAUUAUGUGUAUUCCAGUGGAAAGAAUCUCGUUUAACAAAUUGAAAAACAUGCAGAAUCACAUCCUUCUGAUCUAUUACAGUGGAGAAAAAGUUUCAUAAAAACCUAUAUCUGAAAAGUAGACAAAAUUGCUGUUAUCACUUAUUUUUAAAUACUAUUGCUCCAGAUAUCAGUUAUACCUAUCCUCACCAUCAUGGUUAUUGCAAAAGGAAUAUUGUUUACAUGUGAAGCGACACUUGAAUAGUCGUACAUACAGAUUUUGUAAACAAAAUGCCAGGCGCAUGGAACAAAAAGGUGUAAAAGGCUCAAAAGUGUAUUCUGCACAUUUUCUGCCCAAAUGUUUAUUGGUGGAUGUGUACGGGAAAAACGAUUAGAGAGCAAAGAAAGGCAAUAGGAAAAAAAACACUUGUUUGAGGAUGACGCCGUACCGACAGAGUUGGAACACAAAAAGUGAAUUGGACUUUGCUCGAGUUAUGCUCCCGCAUUGCGGUGACGGCGCAGCGACUACGGUGUCAUUUGAUGGUUCUCCGGCCAGGUGACGCGUUGCUCUGUAAUUCACCGCCAAGCCACUAGAGGGGUGUUGCGUUAUGUUUGUACAGUUUUGGGGCAUGCUUGUUGACUUCCUCUUGUCUAGUUUAACGGAGAAAAAUAAACAAUGCAAGAUGGAACGCUUGAAUGUUGUUACGAGUACCCCUGGUUGUCAGGGGCCGCGGCGUAACAUAAGACGGCAGGUGUGCAAUGAGGAGGCAGUGACAAGUCAAAAUUGCAAAUAAAAAGUUUAUUUAACAGAAAAGAAACAAUGGACACAGAGCACACAAACAUUUACCCAACCCCCUGCACUAUGCAGCAAACACCAAAUAAACAGUUCAAAAACCCCAACUAAACCUAGAACCCAAAACAACCCCCAAACUAAAACACUACAGUGACAGGCACCUAUUGCGCCCCAAAAUACAUGGGUGGUGUUGCCGCUCUAUCUAAUGGACUAAUACAGAGAGUUGGUACCUACGUGAGGUGGGAGACACGAUGUAGACCUGCAGGUGUCUAACUAAAGUCCCUACCUCUGUGCUCUGCGCCAACCUAAAGAAAAAGACAAAAGAGAUCAUUAAUAAACAAGUGGCAGAAAGCAAACUUCACAAACGGAAUCAAAGUCAAAACAUAACAGGCUUCAACAAACCAAUACAACCAAAGUGAGAGCUGCCACCGCCUCUCUUGAACAGAGCAAACAAUUCAACUUAUAUAGUGGCAGGACGAACAGAUGAUUGGAUGAUUGACUAAUGAGGAAGUGGUUCCAGCUGUGGAGGCCUUCUGAGAUCACACAGGUGGAAACUACUGCAAAUGAAAAAUACAGGUGAAAACCAACAUAAACCAGUACAAAGUGAAAGGAAAAACAUACAUACCUGAACAAAAGCAAAAAUUACUCCCCAUCCGUAACAAAUGUGGAUCUUCAGCUCAUCAACAUUGAAUAAAUGUUGAUCAUAUUAAUGUUGAGGCGCAGGCGACGCAGAAGACGGUUUUGAGGCGGUCCGUCCAACUUUUGAUGCCGCAUAGAGAGUUCUAGCCUUGGGUGGAAACCAGCUAGCUGUGGCGGCUAGCUUCAAACUGGUGUCGAGCACUGCGUCCAGCGUUUUGUCCGAGGUCUGCAAAGCCCUCCAGCCCGAUUUGUGUGCAGUGUUCUACAACCAGCCAGUGGGAAGUCAUAGCAGAUUUCUGGCGUCUAUGGAACUUCCCAAACUACGUUGGAAUCCUUGAUGUUAAUGUUAUCAUAAAAGCACCGCGGCACUCUCAAUCAGUGAUGAUGUAUCGUGUGUGAACUGUCUGUUGUUGAAAAUUAAACAUCAAAACAACUGUUUUGACACCAAACUUAUGCUUUAUUCUUCAUAUACUUGAAGUGUGACACGUAAAUAAGUCACAGACUCACAGCAAACAUAUGUACACAAUAAAUGAUGAAGUGCACUAACCAAAAAUACGACAUAAAGUGAUAAAAAGCUGGCAGUUUUUGGCCGACUGGGUCACCGCUUUGUGUGGCCACUCGAUUCCGAACACACACGUCUCGGUGGUUCUUCCAUUUUUUUAUUCAAUCGCUGACCUUGCCAUUUGGCAGUCUUUAUGAUGUAUUGACAAGACUUGCUCUUCGAUGAUACUCCCGUCAGCUUGGUCCAUAUUUGCAUGUAGAAAAAUAAUGUUUUACAAAGGCGGUGAUUUCGCACUGAAACCGAAACAACGGUCUGAGCGGACCAAUCACACUCCAAUUUCUGCCACGUCAUAUGCAUUGACGUGACGCUAGGGUUUGAAAAAUCAAUAGGUACACGUCAGGCUACGGCUCAGGGUCGUAAAUCGGUUGUUCCUUGAGGGCGCAGGUCUAACGCGGAAGCAUAACUCGGCCUUUAAUUUUCAUCCCAAAUGGUGUAGAGCAGGGGUGGGCAAACCAGUCCUCGCGGGGCCGCAGUGGGUCCUGGUCUUUGUUCCAAUUGAUUCAGCACAGACAGUUUAACCAAUGAAGUUUUAGUGGAAAAAAGAAGCACCUGACUGCAAUCAACUGAUUGCACUUGUAAGAAACCAUAUUGGUGAACGGCUGUCCUCAUGAUGGGUAUGGACAAAAACCCGCACCCACUGCGCCCCUUUGUGGAAUAUAUUGCCCACCCCUGGUGUAGAGGAAAAAGUGACAGAUUGAACAGGUACAGUAACUUUAAAUAGUUUGUGUGCCCAUAUUCUUUUCCUCUUGCUACAGUGAGGAUCAGAAUUAUUUGCAUCCCUUGUCUCAAGUGGAAAUGCAUCUAUCAUUUUAAAUUUCAGACCUCUAUUUUUUAAGUGGGUGAACUUGCAAAAUCACAAGGGAUGCAAAUACCUCUGCUCCUCACUAUAUACAGUAUGUGUUCAAGUCUAUAGGUGUUCCAAGCUGUCCGCCUCAGUGCCUCCCUCAUUGUACUGAAAAGACUGCCCAAACAUUAGCAUACUUUUCAUUAUGUAGAAGUGUGGAAAAUAAGUACAGGGUGACCCAUAAAAAAGUUUACACUCAGUUGACUGCUUGUUUAAAAGCCAUUGAAACAUAUCUAAAUAGGUUGUCAUGCUUAAGUGAUUCAUUAAGGUCACUCAAUGCAGCUGGUAAUCUCUCGUCUCUACAAUUCCUGAGCUUCUGCUGAAAAUGAAGAAAACUUUAGCUGUACCUGAAUUGCUGCGUGCCGGUCUGACACCUACUGAGAUUGCAGCAAAUCUGAGAAUGUCCGGAUGUGCAGUCACCAAAGUUAAAAAGAAGCUGAAAGAUACUGGAACAGCCUCACGAAAACCUGGGUCUGGAAGUGCCCGAUCUGUGGGGACCAAAAAGUUGAUUGACAAGGUGAUAUGUGGCCACCCAGAGUCCAGAUCUCAAUCCCCUGGAUUAUAGCAUAUGGGCAACUGUGGAGGACAGUGCCUGUAAGAAGCCACAAACUUCUGUGGCAGCCUUGGAGAGGUCCAUUGUUAGAUCUUGGGAAAAGAUGACAGCAUCCUACAUAAAGAACACCUGUCAAGCGUUCCGCAGGCGCCUGGAGGCUAUUGUGACACUUAAGGGAGGACACAUUGAAAAAUAGAGUGUACCGUACAUGUUCUUUACAAUAAUGUAUAAUUUGUGAUUAAAUUCUAAUUCUAAACUGAAUAAACAUGGCAUUUAAGUUGUAUUAUGGCAGUGUAAACUUUUUUUUUGGGUCACCCUGUAUGUCGUUAUGACAAAAAAAAUUGUCACCACGUCUCCUAAGAAGCUAAAUUCAAUGAUUGUCUGAACUCAAAUUAAUACGCCUGCAGUGUGCUGAAGGCUUCAAACACAUUAUAAUUUGAGAAACUUGUCAUUCGAACUAUGUGAAUUAGGAACUUCCUUCACAAUUUUUAUUUGCCUUGCAGCCCAAAACUGCUAAGUCUGCAGCCCGCUCUGGCUUUCUAACGAAUGCUGGCUGCCCAUAACAAAAUGUAACACAUAUUUUGUUCCCAGGAUUUAAGUGGUAUUUUCUAGUUUGUUUCGUGGCAUUAACAUAAAAACACUUUUGUUUCCCAAAAAGUUUAAGGUUUGAAAUCCUAUUUUCCACUUUUCCUUACUAUUGUACACUUCCCUCUUUUUAUAGACUUAGUUUGACCUGACAAAAUGACAUUGAACAAAUAUUUUCUGCACAACUCGGAUGUAAAAUCAGAAAUUUUGAAUAUAGCCUCUAAUUUUAGCAAAACCAAACUUUUACCUUUUUCGCAGCACUUUUUCAUUUUAGUUCAGAUCUAAGCAACACAAAUAAAAUGAUUACAAGCCAGGAACAAUUUUUUUUUCCUGUAACAUGGUGCAAUUUACCUUAAAGAUCAAGGAGUGUGGGUAUAACUGACCUGAGGUUCAUCACAAAAUGGCUGCGCCAAUAACCAGUCAUUUUUUAUUUUCAAGCAUUAUUUUCUCCAUUGUUUGAAGUCUCAGAAAUUAGCGAUCUGCAUACUUAGAUUCAUUGAGUAACCAUGUUUUUAAGGUCACUUAUACUAGGUGCAGUCUUUCCCGUUCAAUGUUAUUAGCAGAGUUCAUUUAGGAUCUGUUCUUAAUUUGGGUUCCUGCAGAACCUUAAAAAGUCUUAAAUUUACUAAUCUUGAUAAAGUAAAAAAGCUUCAUUUGGCCAUCACUGUUCCCUUGGGAGAGACAGUCAACCUCUGCUACCAGCACUGUUGUUGUCUAACAUGCCUCUUACCAUGCAUUGCAGUUCUACAGAUGUAAAUAACAAUCAAAAUGUUCUGUGCUAAUUAUUUCUUCAGUUCCAGUUGUUUCAUUGAUUGCUAUUCAUGGUAUUUGGUAACACUUAAUUUGACAGUGGCACCAUAAGAAUGUCAUUAGACAAUCAUAAUCAUGACAUGACACUUUCAUGAGCAUUAGUGAAUGCUUAUAACAU